CCCUGCAUGAGCCAGUGUUAUCAGCUUCAAGUGUGCCACGGAGGGACCGAAGCUGUCAAAAGUCCACAGACAAGAUGAACUCCUGAGUCCAACGGUCACCGUCGCGUGCCUGGUCCUUUGAUGUCUGCCGCGCCGCAUUUCUACACAGCAGCUAGUCUGCAGGAGGACCUGGAAGUGUGCGGCAGCCAAACUGCGUCUGUGCUGAUUUAAAAAAGAAAACAAACUGAAGUGAGGUCCGGGGGGAACAGCGAGCAUGUCCGAAUCGAGUAGAUUUGUGAGUCCGUUUCACAGACCGCAGUUUGUUGCUGCUGCGGCUCCGGCUGGGAAAGCCAAACUAACGCAUCCGGGGAAGGCUAUUCUGGCAGGCGGCAUUGCAGGAGGCAUUGAGAUCUGCAUCACCUUCCCAACGGAGUACGUGAAAACACAGCUGCAGCUCGAUGAGAAAGCUAACCCUCCCAGAUACAGAGGAAUUGUUGACUGCGUGAAGCAGACAGUGAACGGCCAUGGGGUGAAGGGGCUCUACAGAGGCCUGAGCUCGCUGCUCUACGGCUCCAUACCCAAAGCAGCAGUCCGGUUUGGGAUGUUUGAGUUCCUCAGUAAUAAAAUGCGAGAUGAAAGCGGUAAACUCGACAGCAGGCGAGGGUUCCUCUGCGGUCUGGGAGCCGGAGUGGCGGAGGCGGUGUUUGUAGUCUGUCCGAUGGAGACCGUUAAGGUUAAAUUCAUCCACGAUCAAACAUCAGCCAACCCAAAGUAUAGAGGAUUUUUUCAUGGGGUCAGAGAGAUCAUAAGAUCUGAAGGACUGAAGGGGACCUAUCAGGGUCUGACUGCCACUGUCCUCAAACAGGGCUCCAAUCAGGCCAUCCGCUUCUACGUCAUGACCUCACUGAGGAACUGGUACAAAGGUGAUGAUGCCAACAAAACCAUGAACCCCUUGAUAACCGGGCUGUUUGGAGCUAUUGCUGGUGCCGCCAGCGUCUUUGGAAACACUCCGCUGGAUGUGAUUAAGACCAGGAUGCAGGGACUUGAAGCCCACAAGUACAAGAGCACACUGGACUGUGCCAUAAAGAUCAUGAAGCAUGAAGGCCCUAAGGCGUUCUACAAAGGCACCAUUCCUCGUAUGGGUCGGGUGUGUUUGGAUGUCGCCAUAGUCUUCAUCAUCUAUGAGGAAGUCGUGAAGGUCUUGAACGUGGUGUGGAAGACGGACUAAGCCGGACGCCCCCGGUGCUACACUACCUGCAGUGUUUGGACAGCUACUAAAUCCUGUCGUCUUAAAUCCUGGUUUCUAAUGUCUACCUCCAAGUAUCUUCAGACGGAAAAAAAAAAGAAAACUGGUUUGUUUAAUACUUGUGUAAUGUACAGUGCAGCAGCAGUGCUAGCAUUACCUGCUUAACAGCUGUUAAAGUUGCGGAGCUGUCGCUCACAGUGGCUCUUUUUUCUUUUUCCCCUCCAUUAAAUCUUCCUUCAGAGCUCAGGGAAAAGAAACGGAGCGUUUAGUGAGAUCUGCUCCUCUGUCAGCUCAGACUAAUGCUGUAUGCACUUAAAACAAACCCCUUUACAAUGUGAUUUAAACACUAGAUGAAAAAAAAAGUAUACUUGAAAAACAAAGAUUUUAAAGCCCUUAUUUUUAGAUGUAAUUAACAGAAUUGUAUUAAUUUGGUAACAAAUGCAAUAAAUAAUAUUCAGAUCUACUAUGCUGCUGAGAGAGAAAUAAAUUAAUAACUAAAUGCCUUAAUUCUAGAAAGCUAAUAGAUAUAUAGAUUUUGUUAGCUGUAAUAUAAUUAGAUUGUUGUAUGAAAACUUUAAAUGCACACAUCCUUUAAGGAUGAGUUUAAGUAGGGAGGGAGGGUUUCCCUUUCAUUUGCAAAGAUCUUCUAUUCUCAUGUAUCGAUGCCCUGCUAAGUGCCUGUUUUCUAUGAUUCACUUUGAGCUAAAGGAGGAGAGGAAAGACUAAUCCGUCACUACAGAUGUACUCUGUUUAAAACGCUGCUGUUAAUCCCCCCGCAGUGCCUAUAGUAGUCCUAAACCAAUGAUAGCUUCUCACCUCAUCUGUAUCCAUGUCUCUUUAUAUUCCUUUUGGCUUUGGAAUUGUAAACUUUUCUUUUAAAGUGCUUCAGAUGGACAGAUGGUGCCUUUCAGCUCAUUUCAUUCUAGCUUUUAAUUCCAGAUAUUUAAUUCCUGACCAUUUAAAGUUGAUUGCCUUUACUUUUUUACACCAACCUAAUGUGCCAACUACGAGUUCUAUGUUUUAAACGUAGAGCUUGCAGCCUGUGAGACUGGCUUGUUUACAUGCAGUGUUAAUACUUCUGUGGCUUAUUGCAGUCUCUCUGUUCAGCACACUAUGUUUAAUGUGAAUAAUAUUUAUCUUUCAUAUUGAUCUUUUAACUCUGAACCUUCAUCACAACUGUUUAAAUGGAUGUGAAGUUAUUAGAUUAACAAUGAAAAUGUUCACAGGCCAUAGGAGCUCGUAUUGUGCCUCAGUCUCAUUAGUUCCCCAUGCAUGUACACAAAUAAACAUCAGUCAGAUUUA